AUGACUCAAUCUUCUGCGGCUCAAAAUCCCGUUGGGGAGCCACCUGCUCCUAUUGCUGAUCAACCGCCUCAUGCCGAUGAUCUCACGAGGAAUCAGGAGGUUGAUCAGAAGACGAAGGAACAGGCUGCUAAGGAUGUCGCUGCGCCUCCGAAGGUGAAGAGUGAGAAGGAGCUGGAACGUGAGCGGAAAAAAGCAGAGAAGGCGAAGAAGUUUGCAGAAAAGCAGGCGAAGCAGGCUGCGGCAAAACAAGCAGCCCCCAAGGCUGAGAAGAAAGCCAACAAGGUGGAAAAGGAGAAGACGACCGACGCGUACGAUCCUAAAACUGUCGAGUCUGGCCGAUAUGAAUGGUGGGAAGAGCGUGGUUUCUUCAAGCCCGAAUUCGGACCUGAUGGCAACGUCAAGCCUGAGGGCUACUUUGUCAUUCCUAUUCCGCCGCCCAACGUGACCGGUUCGCUUCACAUGGGCCAUGCUCUCACCAAUGCUUUGCAGGAUACCAUGAUCCGCUGGCAGCGGAUGAAGGGGAAGACAACUCUCUGGCUUCCUGGAAUGGACCAUGCGGGUAUCUCCACUCAGAGCGUUGUGGAGAAGAUGCUCUGGAAGAAGGAGAAGAAGACUCGCCAUGACCUGGGCCGGCCUGCUUUCGUGGAGAGGGUUUGGGAGUGGAAGCACGAGUAUCAUGCCAAUAUCAAGAACGCUCUGCGGAGAGUGGGUGGUUCCUUUGACUGGACUCGUGAAGCUUUCACCAUGGAUCCUAAUCUGUCUGCGGCUGUUACGGAGACCUUCGUCCGACUUCACGAGGAGGGCAUUAUCUACCGUGCAAACCGCCUGGUGAACUGGUGUGUGGCUUUGAACACUUCUCUGUCUAAUCUGGAGGUGGAGAACAAGGAGAUCGAGGGCCGUACUCUCCUCGAUGUUCCUGGCUACGACAAGAAAGUUGAGUUCGGUGUCCUAACUCACUUUUGCUACGAGAUCGAUGGCUCAACAGAGAGGAUUGAGAUUGCCACCACCCGUCCUGAGACCAUGAUUGGUGAUACUGGUAUUGCUGUCCACCCUGAUGAUAAGCGCUAUAAACACUUGGUUGGAAAGUCAGCCCGACAUCCCUUUGUAGACCGCUUACUCCCUAUUGUCGCCGAUCCCGACGUUGAUCCUGAGUUCGGUACUGGUGCCGUGAAGAUAACACCUGCUCACGAUUUCAACGACUUUAACCGUGGAAAGGCACACAACCUUGAGUUUAUCUCCAUAUUGAACGACGAUGGCACUCUCAAUAAGAACGGUGGUCCUUUUGCUGGCCUGAAGCGAUUUGAUGCCCGUUACAAGGUCAUCGAGGCCCUGAAGGAAAAAGGAUUGUAUGUUAAGUGGGAGAACAACCCCAUGAAGGUUCCGCGUUGUGCCAAGUCCAAUGAUGUGAUUGAACCCAUUCUGAAACCUCAAUGGUGGAUGAAGAUGGAAGGCCUCGCCAAACCAGCCAUCGAAGCCGUUGAGAAGGGUGAGAUCAUCAUUCGUCCUGAGACCGCCGAAAAGAACUAUUUCCACUGGAUGAGAAACAUCAAUGACUGGUGUCUAUCCCGACAGCUUUGGUGGGGCCACCAGGCACCGGCCUACUUGGUUCAUAUCGAGGGUGAAGAACCUGAUGAGAGUGAUGGAAACAAUUGGGUGACUGGCCGUACUGAGGAAGAAGCCCAAAAGAAGGCCGAAGCUAAGUUCCCCGGCAAAAAGAUCACGUUGACUCGAGACCCCGAUGUGCUUGACACUUGGUUCUCUUCUGGAUUGUGGCCCUUCUCCACUUUGGGAUGGCCUCGUCAGACUCAUGACCUUGAGAAGUUGUACCCUACCUCUGUCCUGGAAACUGGCUGGGAUAUUCUCUUCUUCUGGGUCGCUCGGAUGAUUAUGCUGGGUAUCAAGAUGACUGGCAAGAUUCCAUUCAGGGAAGUGUACUGUCACUCAUUAAUCCGAGAUUCUGAAGGAAGAAAGAUGUCCAAGUCUUUGGGUAACGUUAUUGACCCACUGGAUGUUAUGGAGGGUAUUGAGCUUCAGGCACUCCAUGCUAAGUUGCUCACUGGUAACCUUGCGGAAAAGGAGGUUGCCACUGCCACCAAGUACCAGAAGAAGGCAUUCCCUAAGGGUAUCCCUGAGUGUGGCGCUGAUGCUUUGCGCUUUUCUCUCGUGUCUUAUACUACUGGUGGAGGUGACAUUGCCUUCGAUGUCCAGGUUAUCCAUGCAUACCGCAGGUUCUGUAACAAGAUCUACCAGGCCACGAAAUUUGUGCUUGGUAAGCUGGGUGACGACUUCAAACCUCUGCCGACUCCCGCGAAAACUGGUCAUGAGUCUCUUGCUGAGCGUUGGAUCUUACACAAAUUCAACACAGCCGCCAAAGAGAUGAAUCAGGUACUGGAAGACCGGGAGUUCUCCGUCGCCGCGAACACUGUAUAUCAGUACUGGUACAGUCAGCUUUGCGAUGUGUUCAUUGAGAAUUCCAAGUUCCUUUUGGCUGCCGAGGCGCCAGCCGAGGUGCAGGAGUCCGCCAAGCAGACUCUCUACACGGCUCUUGAGGGCGCUCUGACUCUGAUCCACCCAAUUAUGCCCUUCGUCACUGAGCACCUGUGGCAACGUCUUCCUCGCCGUCCUGGCGACAAGACACCCUCCAUCAUGGUAGCCAAGUAUCCAGAGUACAACCCCGAAUUCAACGAUCCGGAGGCAGAAACCGCCUACGAACUCGUCCUUAACAUCUCCAAGGCUAUCCGCUCCAUUCUCGCGCAGUACGAAGUCAAGACCAAGGGCGACAUCAUCAUCCAGACCUACAACGCGACAAGCCACAAGACCGUCUCCGAGCAGCUCUCCUCCAUCCAGUCACUGGGUGGUAAACACGUCGGCAACAUCACCGAGCUUGGACCCGAGAAUAAGACCCCGCCAUCCGGCUGUGUCGUAUCUGCUGUCGGCUCCGACGCCGCCGUCUACCUCCACGUGUCCAAGGAGGUGGCACUCCAACAGGAGGAAAAGGCCAAGGCCAACCUCGAGAAGGCCCGGGAGACUGUUCGUCGUCAAAACGCACUUAUAAAUGCCGCUGGAUGGAAGGAGAAAGUGAAGGUUGAAGUACGCCAGGCGGAGGAGAGGAAGCUGCGGGAUGCAGAGAGUGAAACAGCGAGAUUUGAGGAGCAGAUUCGCGAAUUCGAGAAGCUGCGAUUGGAGUAG